ACACAUAAAUGUAAUACACAUUUCAAAAAWAAAAUACACAAAUAUUUUUGAAGCCAUUGUUGUUAUUAUUAUUAUUAUUGCUAUUAAUAUAUAAUUUAUUUUAUUAUUUUUGUUGAAUAAUAAUAUCCAUUGAAAAUAAAUAUUGAAUACAUUUUUUGUUUUGUUUUUUGAGAUAAACUUUUAAUUUUGAUUUACAAAUAAUAAUAAUAUUUUACCGAAACAUCACUGACUAGUAGUGGACAACAACAACAACARCAAUACAUAUGGACAACAAUAACCUCGUGAACAGCAGCGGCCAAGCGGACAGUACUUCCGGUUCGGACGAUCGCGAAGGAUCGACCAACGGGUCGAACGGCGACUACGAGUUUGUCGAUAAAUCGGAUGUUGUGUCCACAAACGGGAGCGGCAGUGGUGGCGGUAGUACUGUUGGUGCCAAUGUUUUUAACGACUAUCCCGGCCAACCCGUACAAGUGGUUACCGUUACGGCCGAUCGUCAGUUCGAGCUCGAUGUGGACGCCUUGUCCAGCAUAUUGUUACGCGACUCUAUACGGGAUAAACCUGUUGUUGUGGUCAGCAUUGCCGGCGAUUUUCGCAAAGGCAAGUCGUUUAUGUUGAACUUUUUCCUGCGAUACCUGCAGACUGGCUGCGGUUCGUCCGACUGGUUGGGCGAUACGGAUCGGCCGUUGCGCGGCUUUUCGUGGCGCGGCGGCAGCGAACGCGAUACAACCGGUAUACUGAUGUGGUCGGAGCCGUUUGUUGUUCGCCGGGGCGACAAAGAGGUUGCCGUCAUAUUGAUGGACACUCAGGGAGCUUUCGAUUCGGAGUAUACCGUACGGGAUUCGGCCACUGUUUUUGCUUUAUCGACAAUGACCUCAUCGAUACAAGUCUUCAAUUUGAUGCACAAUCUCCAGGAGGACAACCUUCAGGUGCUGGAGAUAUUCACCGAAUACGGCCGACUGGCUCAGGAGGAAACCGAUGAGAAACCUUUCCAGAAGCUGGUGUUCCUAAUUCGCGACUGGAGUUUCCCGUACGAACACCGAUACGGUCUGCUUGGCGGUCGUCAACUGUUGGACAAAAAGUUGGCCAUCAAAGACAAUCAGCCGACACAACUGCAACGGGUCCGGCGACACAUCAAUUCGUGUUUCAACGAUAUCGAGUGCUAUCUGUUGCCGCAUCCCGGCCCGCGAGUGGCUACUAGUCCGACGUUUGACGGCCGUGCAGUGGAUAUGGACGACGAGUUUGUCGACGCACUCAAACAGUUUGUACCGCUGAUGCUCGACACACCCAAUCUGGUGGUGAAAGAGAUUGGCGGCCGACAAGUGACCGGCAAAGAGCUGAUGGAAUAUUUCAAAGUCUACAUCAAGACGUUCGCCGGCGAAACAAUGCCCGAACCGAAAUCGAUGUUAGAGGCGACAGCCGAGGCCAACAAUCUGACAGCCGUUGCUACAGCCAAAGACAACUAUCUGGUAUCGAUGGAAGACAUUUGCGGUGGCGAACGACCCUAUAUGAGUCCGCGGCGACUGGAGGACAGGCAUCACGAGCUUCGUCAGGAGUCGAUGGACAUGUUCGACAAGAUGCCGAAAAUGGGUGGCAAAGAGUUUAGCGAUUCCUAUCGGGAACAGCUGCUGAUGGAGUUGGAUCAGGCGUACGAACAUUUCGAGGCCCAGAAUAAGAGCAAAAAUAUGUUUACUUUAUACGGAACACCGAUGGUAUUGUUGAUCGCUUGCGUAACGCUGAUGAUAGUGACCCGAAUCUUGGAUCUGGUCGGACUGUCGAUGAUCGCCAACUUGGCAUCGAUCAUAUCGACCGUCGAUGUCGGUCUACUAUCGGCUUAUCUGUUUCUCCGAUUCAAUGGCAAUCAACCCGAAGUUAUUCAAUUUGUCGACUUUUAUUGCGAAAUAAUAUGGCGUCACGUCACAGAAUUGGGUUUCAAGUUAAUGCAAAAUGCGGUCGAAAAUCGUGUAAAUGUUGCCGUCGGCGUCGGCGCCGGCGGAGGUAUUAACAGGACUUCGUCGGCCACUAAUGUCACGUCGUCUUUGUCGUCAACAACAACGAGCCGAUCGCCAUUAAAUACGCCGACGAGUAGCGGCUUUCAGGCGCAUCCGCUAAGCAGUGAUAGUCUGCGGCGAUCGCCGUCGGCGAAGAAAAUUUAAUAUAUAUAUACAGUUUAAUUGAUUUUUGUUUUAGUCAUCAGUUAUAUUAAAAAAAAAUUGUUUUUAUUUGUAAUGUAAUAAAUAAU